AUAAAAUGUAUCAUUAAUAUAUUUAUGUAUUGUAAUUUGUAAUUAUUCAUUUUUUGGUAAUUGGUACGUCGAUUUGAAAAAACUGUUUAAGAUCUUUAUUUCAAUUAUUUUAAUUUUACAUACAAUGGAGCAUUUGAUUGAUCAUGAUUAUUGUAUCUUACCAAAUCAGAUACGUUUUUUAGAAAACCAGCACGUUACCGAAUUCCAUCAAGUCUCAAACAAUAUGAAGAUUCGUUCUGGUAUUCCUUCUAAAGCUAGAGAAUUGAAUACUCAAGCAAUUGAAAAUUUCAUCCAACAAUUAGUUGUUGACAAUGAACAUUACAAAGUUCAAACAUUUUUACGCAGAACAGGCCAUAGAAUUGAUGGAUAUAUUACUCAACAAAUUGGCCCAUAUCCUAGUGAACAAGAACUUCUGCUACUAAACGUCGAUUACGAAAAAAAUAACAGUAUAGAGUACCAACAGAAUACUAGUUAUGAAUAGAAUGGUUAGAUUGAAACCACGGCUAUAGAUAGUAUGGUUGCCCAUCGACGUAUGAUUCUUAUACUUGAAAAGUGUCUACCGAAAUCACGAUUAAUCACGAUAUCUU